AUGAACAAAUUAUAUUUUUUUUUGAUGGUUGAAAUUUAGUGUAUACUUUACCAAUUUAUUGCUACAAAUGAAUAUUUAUUAGUAGAGAUUGAAGCUGAGGGAUGGACAUAAAUGAAAAUAUAAAUCUAUGAACAUAAUGUGAAACAGAGUGAAGCAAUUGAAAAUUAUGAAAAAUAUUUGCAACUUUAUUAUAAGCUGAAAUUGGGAUCUUAUUACGAAUUAGAAAUACUUAUAAUUCCAGAAACAAACUUUACAAUUAAAUAAAUAGAUUAAAAAGAAUGCCCUAAGUAAUGUUCUAAUAAUGGAAAUUGUAUAAAUACUAGCUGUCAAUGUUAUGAAUAAUUUUUAGGGUAAUAUAUAUAUUAUUUAUAUUAUAGAUCAAGAUGCUAAUUUGAAAUAGAAAGUUACUAUAAUAUUCAAUAAUAUAACAUUGAAUUAGAUUAAUAUGAAACUUAGUAUUUAAAAUUACAGUAUUAAUAAUUAGAUUUGAUCAAUGAAUAAGGGUACUUUCUAUUUAUUAAGAUAGAGAUAGACAAAAAAUUUGAUUUUGUCAACAAAUUAUGAAAUCGAAAUUCAGCUUUACAUAGUUUUACCAUUUCAAAGCAUAUUAACCAGCAUUCAAUAUUAAAACAUUUUAUACAACAAAUCACUCAAUGGAUCUACUACUAUAGAUUUUUCAUCAUAUUACUAAUAAUUUAGUGGUUCUUCAAUAAGUUACACAUUUUUUUUUAUGUUUACCAAUACAAAUAAAAAUAAACAAAGGUACUCAAUGACUUUUGAAUUGAAAAACUCUGAGAUUACAUUUUAAGACUUCAUUUUAGUAACUAUUCUUAGUGUUGUUGCGUUUAUCAUUUUAUUAAUUGUAAUAUUUAUUGUCAGAAGAAGAUGUCAAUAUAUCUAAAUAAGUAAGCUUAAAUAUUAAAUUGAUAAUUAACCAAAAGUUGAUGUUGUUGGAUAAUUACCAAUUGUAACUCCUGCAAAAGAUUCAGAAUGUAUUGUAUGUUUGGAUUUAUUGGAAAACUAGCAAUGCCGAUAAACUUCUUGUAAACAUAUAUUUCAUGAUCAUUGUUUAAAUGAAUGGUUACAAAAAUAAUAAACUUGCCCUCUUUGUAGAGAGAAUCUGUUUGAAGAGGAAGGAGCAUAAAUAUUGAAAAUUAGAAAUUUAAGUUCAUCUUCUUUAGUUGCUGGAUAAUUUUCAAUAAUUUAGAGUGAAAGAUAGCCAAUUUAAUAAAUUAUACUUUAAAGAUCAAUGAAUAAUAGAUUAGCUGCAUUUUAAUGA